AUCACGUGGCGGAACUCUCACUGUCUUCCAAAGAUGCUGAAGUAGUUUUUGCUACUGCUCUCCUUCAUCAGUGAACGCUCUUUACAGCAUGGGGUGUAUGAAAUCAAAGCAAACUUUCCCCUUUCCUACCCCACUGGAAGCUGAGAAGCAGCGUGACAAUGAAGUUGGCAUUAGGCCAGAAGAGAGAUCAAAGAUGGUGUCUUCAGCUGGUGUCAAACAGGAAGUGAAGGGGUCCUCGGGGACCAGUACUGUGAUUCUCGAAUAUGCACACCACCUGUCCCAGGAAAUCUUGCGUGAUGCCCUGAAGCAGUGGGCAUUCGCUAACGUCCAGUACUCUGACGUCCCCUACAUUGAAAGUGAGGAGGCUAAUGGGUGAUGACACUUUCCUGACUGGAGAUAGUUGGUGCUAGCUUAAAUACAUGAAACAAGCAAAAACUGGUGUGGAUAAGUACAAAUCGCUCCCAUCUGGAUAUAAAAACAUGUCUGUGGUAACGUUACCAGUGUAAGAAUACUGAAGAUGAAAUGCGUUUUGAGCAGUUGUAUGUUAACAGCACUUUCUCUCUGCUUGGUCUUAGAUUUCAGUCAUUUGAAGGGCUUAAUGGAGGUCCUAUGGCACCCAGUAAUGAGUGGUACACCACGGCACUUUUUCCUGAGGUAGUAAUGACAUCACCAAAGAAAAUAUUGAAGAAUAAGCAUCCAAGUUCCAAUGGUUAAAGACAUAAUUUCCCAUUAAUUUAUACCUUAAAAA